CUUUCAGCCAAGUCAUCCUUCCCAAAGCAAAAGCAAACGCACCACAGCUGAGGGAGGAGGGUUAGAGAUGCAUCUCAAGAACCUCAUUUGCAGGCAAACAUUCAACAACAUAUCAAAAUUCAAUCGCAGAAAAGUUUCGUCUUUACCGCGACCAUUGUUUAAUUCCAGAAAUACCAACUUCGGUACUUCUUCUUCCCUCGCCUACCGAUCAAAUCAUUCAACAAGAGCUGAAGUCGAUAACUUUGUUCAGCCCAGUUGGAUUUUCAAUAGAUGUAUCAGCACUUCUCAAGGAGCCCUUUUGAGGGAUUCCUCUUCUAAAGACGAUGAAUCAGAGGAAGAUGAGGCUACGAAUGAGUUCUUGUCAAGGUUUGUUUGGAUAAUGCGGGGGAAGCUCUCUGAAGCUUAUCCGGAAAGUGACAGGAAGACAAUCGAUGCGAUGCUUUUGAUUAUUGUUGAGAAAGUUGUAUCAGAAAUGGAAAAAGGUGGUGUUGAAGGAAUGACUGGGACAGCUGCGGCCACCCCUUCUGAAGAUUUUAGUGAAGAUUUGUGGAGAACUGUUUGGGAGGUUAGUCAAGUGGUUUUGGAAGAUAUGCAGAAAGCCCAGAAGAAGGAAAAGAUGAAGAAAUUUUUGCAGUCUGACGAUGUUAAAGAAAUGUGUAGGUUUGCAGGGGAAAUUGGGAUCAGAGGAGAUAUGCUUAGGGAGCUUAGGUUCAAAUGGGCUCGCGAGAAAAUGGAGCAAACUGAGUUUUACGAGGGUUUGGAAAAGUUAAAGGAGGAGGCUAAAGAAGGUCAAGAAGAAGUAAAAUCAGAAAGCAGGGCUACUGAGGAAGACGGGGUUUUUCUUGGUGCUGGCUCAGAUGAUAGUGUGAAUGAGGAGGUGCCUAAUGUUGUAACACUUCCCAAGAGACAUGGGAAGUUGAAGUACAAGAUUUAUGGUCUUGAUUUAUCAGAUUCUAAGUGGGCUGAAGUGGCUGAUAAAAUUCAUCGAACUGAGGAAGUUAUUUUGCCUCAAGAACCACAGCCAAUAUCUGGGAAAUGCAAAAUUCUUACGGACAAAAUUCUUUCUCUGCAAAUCGAAGAUGAUCCAUCUCAGCUUUUAGCUGAAUGGGUGGAGCUGCUUCAGCCUGGCAGGAUUGACUGGAUUACUUUGCUUGAUAAAUUGAAGGAAAGAAGUACAGGCUUAUACUUGAAGAUUGCAGAGCUUAUACUUGGUGAAGAGUCCUUCCAAGCAAACAUACGUGACUACUCAAAACUGGUUGAUGCCCAUGCUUGUGAAAAUCGCUCAGAAGAUGUUGAGAGAAUUCUUAAGAAGAUGAAUGAAAAUGGAAUUUCACCUGACGUUCUGACAUUAACAACUUUGGUCCACAUGUACAGUAAGGCAGGCAACCUUGACCGUGCCGAAGAGGCAUUUGAAAGCUUGAAGCAUCAAGGAUUACACCCAGACAUGAGGGUAUGCAACUCAAUGAUCAUGUCCUACAUCAAUGCUGGCCUACCAAAGUCAGGGGAGUCAUUAAUGAGAGAUCUGGAGAAAUGGGAUAUCAAACCAACUGAGGAAAUAUAUAUGGCAUUACUUAAAUCAUUUUCUCUGCUUGGUGACGUUAAUGGUGCUGAGAGAAUUGCUUCCAGUAUGCAUUUUGCUGGGAUCCAGCCUAAUUUGGAGUCUUGUACAUUGGUUAUUGAAGCAUAUGCAAAAACUGGUGACCUUAAUAAAGCGAGGCAAAAUUUUGAAAACAUUAUUAAACUCGGACUUAAGCCAGAUGAUAGGUGCACUGCUAGCAUGAUUGCUGCUUAUGCGAGGAAGAAUUUAUUGGAUAAAGCUUUGCAUCUUCUGUUGCAGCUGGAAAAGGACGGCUUUGAGCCUGGGGUUGCUACUUACUCUGUUUUCGUGGAUUGGUUAGGUAAAUUGCAAAUGGUUGAUGAAGCCGAACAAUUAUUGAAUAAGAUAGCCGAGCUGGGCGAGGCUCCUCCUUUUGAUGUUCACAUCAGCCUUUGUGAGAUGUAUUCGAGGGCUGGGAUUGAGAAGAAGGCUCUUCAGGCUUUAGGAGUCAUGGAGGCUAAGAAGGAUCAGUUAGGGAAAGAAGGGUUUACGAGGAUUAUACAGGGGCUCAAUGAUGGAGGAUUUGUUGAAGAUGCUAAAAGGAUGCUUGCGUUGAUGAAAGCUGAAGGAAUUUCAGUUCCUGAAUCACUCAAAAUAUCAAUGAUGUCAUCAACCAUAGGCCUCAAGACGCAAAGAAAGAGUUAGCAAAAUUUCAGAUACUCAUGUUUUGUUUGCAGUUUGCACGUGGUCAAUUAUGAUAGUGCUAAACGCUUUUGCUGAUUCUCGGAAUCUAGUCAAGAUGUCUUUUGUCGUUGUAAUUCCUCCAGCAUGUUCUUUUAUAUCUGGCAUUCUAAGUAAUGCCAAGGUAUGGUCCUCCAAAUGAUUUUAAUGCAGAAUCCUGCCGUUCAUUA